AUGAGUUCCUCCACGGCUUCAACUACAACAGAAGUCAACCCUUGCUUCCAACAACUCUUCACCGAGCUCGAAAACCGCUUCCAAUCCACAACCCUAGGCCCUGAAAAAUGGUACAUCCUCGCCAUAGCCACACUAGCAGCAAGUCCAGACCCCGAACGCGCCGACCAACUCUACCUCCACCUGUGCUCACAACCAAACAACAAAACCCCAAGCCGCCGACAAGCCAUCGUCCGGCGCCUCCGCGAAGCCCUCAUCAAGUCCGUCCCCAUAGUCGGCGUCUGCAAACCCAUCGAAGCAAUCCUCUCAAUCGGCAAAGUCGAACGCGAAGAAGAUAAAGAUUACACCUGUACCCGGUCUGGGUGGCACUGCGAUGAAAACAACCAUGAGCGCGGCACGGCGUGGAUGCAGAAGCUUUAUUCGCGGGAUACGACGGGCACGUUGAAUCUUUUUGCGGCGCAUAAGGAUUUCUCGUGGUUGUCGGAGGAAAUUACGUAUGGGUUGUUUUUGUCUGAUAGGCAGGUUUUGGAUGAUGUUGAUACGCAAUUGGUUGUGUUGCCGGGGAUUAUGAGCCAGAAUUUGCCGAAUGAGACCCAUUGGCAUAUAAGGGGGACGAGGAGGUUGGGGUUGCCUAAGGAGGAGGUUGAGGUUAUUUGGGAUUGUGUGCAGCUUGUUGCGAGGUCUUUUGAUGUUAAGUUGAAUAAAGUGCCUACUGUUGAGCAGGUGGAGUAUGAUGUUUAG